CGAGCACGUCACUAUCUGACUGUCUAUGGCUUAGAUAGACCAUGAAUGAAAGGGCAAUUUUUUUCAAACAUUUUCGUAAACAAAAUAGAAAAAAUGAAUUGAUCGGGAUACAUAUUGAUUGGUGUCGUUAUUAGUUAAUAAAUUCUUUUCAUCUAGUUGACUUUUGCGUAAUUAAUAUGGAAACUGUUUUAAAUUUGAACGAUGUUAUAUUUAAUUAUUAUUUUUUAAUCGGAGGCUUUUUCUUGAGUUAUUUAAUUUACCGAAUCGUUCAUACACUUUUGUGUGAUAAUAGUUUCAUGCAGACGAAAUUUAGGUCUCGUCGACACACCUGGAGGAGUAUUCAGUGUAAUAAAUCGAUACCUUACAAUAUUUACUGUACAAUUUGUGGAAAGCUUAUGUUGCCACUGGUGGGAUUAUUUUGUGAAUGCUGUGCAGCAAGUGCUUGCAAAAGUUGCCAUCGCAUCCUGAACAAGAAACUGAGAUGCAAGGCUAUAUCUUGGCCUAGUGACCGACCCUUCACUCAUCAGUGGGUUAAUGUCGGCACAACUCAAGUAGAAAAUACUGGUCAUGGGGAGGAUGGCAUUAAGAGAUUUUUCUGUUCAUGGUGCCAGAGAAUCAAGAUGAGUAGUGACACUGCUUUGAAUAACACAGAGCAAUGUGAUUUUCAAAAGUACCGCAAUAUUAUAAUUCCACCAUACUGUGUACAAACAGAAAAAGGAUCUGUAACUCAUAUAAAAAAUUUGCCUGAUGAUGAUUGGGAGCCGCUUUUUGUUUUUGCAAAUCGCAAGUCAGGCAGCAAUAGGAGCGAUGAAGUACUGUCUUUAUUCAGAGGCUUGCUUAAUCCAAUACAGGUGGUAGACUUGAGUUCCACGACACCAGAGAGCGUGGUGCGAUGGCUGCCGCCGCGGUGUCGUAUCUUGGCCGCGGGUGGCGACGGAACUGUGGCCUGGAUUCUUAAUUCUUUAGAUACGGCACCCAAUGUCAGAGCGGCCGUCGCGAUUCUACCCAUGGGUACAGGCAACGACCUAUCGCGUGUGCUAGGUUGGGGCGGUUCUUGUGACUCCCUGCUCGACGCGCAUUCCAUCAUACAACGCGUCAGACAAGCCGGGGAAGAAUACAUAGACCGGUGGAAAAUAACCAUAAAGCCGAAGCGUAGCCGGCUGCGUCCGCGCGGUGACCGCGUCGUGUACGCAUACAACUACGCGAGCAUUGGCGUAGACGCACAAGUGGCGCUCGACUUUCACUACGCAAGGCGACAGUUCCUCUUCCAGUACGCAAACCGGACGCUUAAUUACAUCGCGUACGUGUUCCUGGGCGCGGGCCGUGCGCUGGACGACGGCGGGUGCGGCGGGCUGGAGCAGCGGCUGCGCGUGACGCUGGACGGCAGCGAGCUGGCGCUGCCGCCGCUGCAGGCGCUUGUGGCGCUCAACAUACCCUCCUGGGGCGCCGGUGUCGACCUUUGGAGUAUGGGAAGCGAAGAUGACGUCGGUGAACAGAGUAUAAGCGACGGCAAACUUGAGAUCGUCGGUAUUUCGUCAUCGUUCCACAUAGCCAGACUUCAGUGCGGCUUAGCCAAACCCUAUCGAUUCGCACAAGCUUCAAAAGUUAAAAUCGAGAUGGAGGGUUCGUGCGCGAUGCAAGUGGACGGCGAGCCGUGGAUGCAGGGGCCCGCCACCAUCUGCAUGGAGUCCGCGCACCGCCGUCUCGUGCUGCGCCCGCAGCAGGACCACGAGUGACCUACUACACGCCCAACUUCACAGGACGCAGAUACCAGCAUGGAACUCCUACUAGUCGCAAAGCCUUACCGUACUGUAAGAAACUAAAGAGCGCUCUUGUAACGUUUAAAAUUGCGGAGGUUCACUUUUCUACACAUUCGGACUCGAUAAGGUAGGUUUUUUUUGUAUUUGUGACUGAAAAUUAUUAAUAAAUAUUGACAAGAUUAUAGGUCUCGUUUAGAUACGCGCGUUUUCACGAACUUACGAUAGAUAAUAGAGUAUUUUUUUAUAGAACAGAAAACAGUUGGCCAUUGUUUAAUACAUUUACUCUUUCCUAAAAUAUAGCGCGUAGAUUGUGGCGCGUAUAGCCGUUGCAUCUUUUAACUCGUAAUAAGUGUCCACUUGUAGUUUUCACUGAAUAUAUUAUAGCGGAUAUGUAUGCGUCUAUACACGCGUCUUUUAAUCUAUUGUGUAAAUAAAAUUACAAAGUUUUAAAGUUGAUUAUUGAAAAAGGAACGCCUUAGAUUGAUAUAAAAUGUUAUUGUCAUAAAUUAUUGAUGUUAGUGUUUAAUGUGCUAGUUUUUGAUUAGCACGGUAUUGAGUGCUAAUUGGCUUUCUAAUGCCACGAUGGUCACUAUUUCUUUAUACCGUUUCGUUCUUUAUACAUUCCGAUUUGUGAAAAAUGCGACUUCUGAAUUAUUUAUUCAAUGGUUUGAGUAAUCUCUAUUCUACGUCGGACUGAAACAUAUUGUUUUGAA